UUUUUCCCCUCGCCAAGCUCACUCUCUCUCCUCUGCUCUGACUCUAUUGCACGCUCUCUGGCUCAGCGGACAGACGAGACCUUCUCUCCUGCUCCUCUUCUCUUCCUGUCUGUUAUUUUAUCGCAUCCUCUUCCUUUUAUCUGUUGAUUUUUUUUUCAUUUCUCCCUCUUUCUCCUCUACCCCCUUGUGCCAGGAGCAUUAGUGGGGGUCCCGGAGUGUGUGUUUGAGUGUGUGUGUGUGUGUGUGUGUGUGAGUGAGUGUGUGCUGGGGGGGGUUCUGGCAUGGAAGCAGUGGCACUGUAUACGUUUCGUGCCACUGAGGGCGAUGAACUCAGUUUCAACAAAGGAGACUUGCUCAAGAUCACCAACAUGGAGGAUGAUCCGAACUGGUACACAGCUGAGCUUAACAACAGAAAAGGCUUUGUGCCAAAAAACUACAUCAACCUGCGACCACAUGCCUGGUUUGCCGGUCGAAUAUCUCGCGGUGUGGCAGAAAGUCGACUCAGACACAGGGAGUGUGGAGCUUUUUUGGUCAGAGAGAGUGAGAGCGCUCCUGGGGAGUUUUCCAUGUCUGUCAGUUAUGGGGACCAUGUUCAGCACUUCAAGGUGCUGCAGGAUCGCUGUGGUCAGUACUACGUGUGGGACGAGCUCUUCUCCUCUCUGAACGAGCUGGUGGAUUUCUACCAUAGCAACAGCAUCGCUAAGGAGAGGACCGUCUUUCUGAGCAAUGCAUGCAGGCAUCCCACUCCCCCCAUCCCUCUUUCCUCUCUCUCUCCUCUACAGCACGCCCACGCUCUCUUCGACUUCAACCCUCACCACCCCUCCCAGCUACGCUUCAUGCGCGGUGACAUCAUCGAACUCAUUGACUGCUCCGAUUCUCUGCGCUGGAGGGGCCGUUGCCAUGGACGCGUGGGCUCCUUCCCCCGGGAUUACGUCCAGCCCAUAUAUCAAUAAUGACCUGAUGCGUCAAUCAAACACACAGCCCUUACCGCAGCCUCAUCAGUGAGCCGUCUUGACCCCCCCCCCUGCCCCCUCCCCACCGUCUUCCUUACACUGCUCCCCUGCUCUUCACUUGCCCGUUAAUUUUUGGAGCGGAUGACUGACGAGCCGCCACUGAACUGCUCAUUAUGUGACUGACUACUCCCCUUUCCCUGUGAUGCCACCUGUCAAUCACAAGCCUCACCUGAUUAGCUGCUACGGGCUCAUCAAUCGCUUCCAACUGAUUUCACAACUCCACUUCUCUUCAAACAUAAAACAAAACAGCAUAACACAAAAUACUCCAGAUAUGGACCUAUACACUGUGGAGAACUCAUACACACACACACAUACACACACACACACACACACACACACACACACACACACCAAAGACAGACAGACACUCCCAGGCAUAAUCAUUUAUUACAGCUUAUCAGCACUGGUGCAGACUAAAUAAGGCACCGCGCACACACACCAACCUGAUGA